AUGCUCUUUGUCUUUCUCCUGUACUACUCUCUGGUUGCAUGGAAUCAGGACUACACUGCGUACGCUUUCCCCAAGGACACUUCCUCAGUCUCCGAGGCCGACACUCAUAGCUUUGCGAACGAUCCUGUCCAACCAAGAGCCUCAAAUCCGCAGUCAAGUCCAACCACCACUCCCUUCAACACGAAUUAUCGAUCAACUGCAAACAUCGUCUGGAUCUGUACGGUCACUGUAUUCACGUGCACCUGGGUAUCCGUCCAUCCAAACGUCGACUACGUUGAGAGCAACGGCAAAUUUUCUUGGCGAAGGUACCGAAGUCGCCUGUACCUCAUGUUCUGGGGACUGGCUGCCCCAGAGUUCUUGGUCGUCUUCGCAUUCCGACAAUGGCUGGGUAGCAGGCGCCUCACCGCUACCGUGACGGAGAUUUUGGAAGAGGAGCAGAUCGUCGGUGGUAUCAACUGGACGCACUCGCAUAGUCACCUUGUCCAGAUGGGUGGUCUUCUGUUUUGGGAAGGCAAACGGGAUCGACAGGGAAACGAGACCUAUGUUCGAACGCACGCGAUCUCGGCUAUCGCCGCCGGGUCUUCCAACCGCAAAGAAGCGGUCAAAAAGGCUUUAAACGCCGUACUGCACAAUGGUCUCACGUACGACGAAAUCUGGGACAGAAGCAAGGGAGACGGGCUGUCGAAGGCGGUGACUGCCGUGCAGAUCUCGUAG